UACGGUGCGUCACGCCGUCACCGUCUCUUCCUCAGCGCCGUUCUCGCUCCCCGCCGCCCUCUUCGCCCGCCGGCCGCCAAGCCGCCGCUCCCAGCCCAGCGCGGACUGAGGUGUCGACCACAGCGCCACCCGCCGCCGGAGCAACUCACCCGCCGACUCCUGAAGCCACGGGGGAACCGAGGUAAGGGGUGUCAGGACCCCUCCUAUCCAUGGCUUGCCGCCUCGUCGCGCGCCACUUCCUCUCGCACCUGCGCCUGCAGGCGCCGCGGCCCCUGCCUGUUCCACCGCUGGCUCUGGGCAUGAUUACGCACUGUGUCGGCCCGUCGUCUUCUCCGGUUGUGGCGCCUCAAGGAACCCGAUACUUUGCUGACGAUCGCUCACACUAUGACCUGUUUGGUAAAAGAAGGCCAGGGGAUGAAGAGUUCAGAAAAGCUUGGCAAGAGGAUGUUGAUGAAGAGGACUGCCUGUGGACAGGUAGUGAAGAUGAGGAGGAGGAGGAAGAGAGUGAUACAAAAUUAGAGAGGGAAAUUAAGAAAGUGAAGAGGCAAGCCAAGGAAAAUGCAAAUCUUAUUGAUGCUGAUGACAGCGACGAGUUAAGAAGUAUAUGCCCUGAGAGUGAUGAAGAUGAUAUGACUCUCUGGAGUGGCAGUGAAGAUGACGACGACGAUGAUAUUCCCUCUGAGGCACAUCCCAGUGAACGCAGUGAUUCAUAUAUUGAUAAGGUGUUUGAAUUUGACGAGUCACCAAAGUACCGCACAAUCUCAGAGCUGUUGAAAGCGGAGAAUGAACCACCAGAGCUAUCUCCAGGAAAGCAAGCAAGAAAACUUGCCGUAGAAAAUGCUCUCAAGAAGUUGAAGAAAGGCCCUGAUGGACGCUACAUUAACGUAUUUGAUGUUGUCACUGAUAUAGAUAUCCUGAUUGGUGCAUUUGAGAACAUUGUUUCAGGACCAGAAUAUGCAGAGCUGCGGGAGGGUGGACCAAAAAAGCUCAAUAUACAGUUCUUUAAGGAUAUACAAGCACGCAUGAGGGACCCGAAUUUCAAGUUUUCUCCAGAGUUGAAGUUAAAGCCAAAGAGUAAGUUAGUGUCUAGGAAAAAGUGGCAGAAAGCAAAAGCAAGGAAGAGGAAAAAUGACAGACGUUGAGCUGAUGUCAUACAUUGUGAUGCAUUCAUCUUCUUUUCUCCUCUCAUCAGGAUGCUUUCUUCAGAUGGUUGAUGUAUUAUCUGUAGUGUAAUUCACAAUGGAUAUUCUCAGAGUGAUGGCACAAGCACUUAAGAAAACCAUAUUCGUUAUUAUCAUUCCACGUGAUGUCUGUUCUGUUUGGGGAUUGAGAGAAGUUCUGGAUUGCUUAGAGUUCAGUAAGAAGCAGGGAGUAUGAUCAUGUCCAUUAACACAGGAAGUGAUGAGAAGUUAGUUUGCAAAUUGCAACUCAUGUCUGACUUGAACUGUCUUUAUUGUCUUCA